GCAUCUUGUUUAUUUCAGGAGAAAUAACUGAAGAAACCAACUGGUUGAACCAACAGCUCUUUUAGUUAUGCCUCAAGAGCUCCUUAUAUGAGUCAUGGAAGCAGCGAUCAACAAAAGUUUUGAGAAUGUCACAAAUGAAGUAUGUCGAAAGGAGAAUCUUGCUGAAGAACCAAGAGGAAAAAUACAUCGGCAAAAUGAUAUUCUGGAAGCUUUGCAAGAGGUUAAAAGUCCCUCAGGGGGAGAAAUCAUAGAAAAUGCAAUGGAGAAACGAAAAGCUGAGAAGAACAGCAGCAAGGAAAAACAAAGUAAUGAUUUAGACAGGUUGAGCCUUAAACGAAAGUCAGAAAGUGAUGAAAAACCUCCUGUGAGAAAAGAGCCACGCCUGCCGGAGCCAGAAAACCAGCCCAUUGCAGUGUUUCUGUCUCACAUCCCCUUGAAGAACCUCAUAGAAGUAGAAUCAAAACUGGUCUACGUGGAUGAGGAAGAGGUUACCUAUGAGUUUCUGGAUCCACAGGAGACCACCAGUGCAGAAAUAAAAUGCCCGGGAGCCAUAAGCAUGGAUUCUCCAAUACCAUCUGAUGGGAGUGUUCUCCCACAGAUGGACAAAUGGCUUCACGUCUCUCUGAAGGAUGCCAGUGCUUGCUAUAGGCAGAAGAAAUAUGCUAUGGCUGCAGGACAAUUCAGAACAGCUCUUGAGCUCUGCAGCAAAGGCGCAGCUUUAGGAAAGCCUUUUGAAGCCUCUCCAAAAGAUAUCUCAAGCAUUGCCAGUUUUAUCGAAACAAAGCUUGUAAUCUGCUACUUGAAGAUGAGAAAGCCCGACCUUGCUCUGAAUCAUUCUCACAGGAGCAUUAUUCUAAAUCCAGCCUAUUUCCGUAACCACCUUCGUCAAGCUGCUGUGUUCCGAUGCUUAGAGAGAUAUUCCGAAGCUGCAAGGAGUGCCAUGGUCGCUGAUUACAUAUACUGGCUGUCUGGAGGAAAGGAGCAGCAUACCAGCAAGCUCAUCAAACUGUAUUGGCAGGCUAUGAUUGAGGAAGCCAUCACGCGAGCAGAAUGCUUCUCGGUGAUGUACACACCAUUUGCAACUAAAAUAAAGGCUGAAAAUAUAGACAAGCUGAAGGAAGGUUUUACCAAAAAGCAUCCCGAUUACGUGGAAUACAUCUAUACAGACCCUCAUGGACUACACACUUUGCCACAGACAGUUGACUGGUAUAGUCCUUCUCCACAGUCUUAUUUGUUGACACUGGGUUUCAGAAACAAAGAGGUCGGGAAGUUCCUAGAAAAGAUGUCUUGUAGGAAACUGCCAAGCUUCUCAGAGCACAAAGCCCCUUUUAGUCCUCUUACUAAAGAAGAGGCAGAGAGACACUUGGAGACCAUAGGAAAAAGAAUUUUGCCAAUAAUGGAUUUCAUUAGAGGCACCAAAUUAACUGAGAGUUUCUGUGCAUGUUCUGGCAUAAUAGAGAAACUGCAGCAUGCCAGCCUCCUUGGCCGAGUGCAUCGUGUCAAGGAGCAGACCCAAGUCAUCAAUCAAGGCAUGGCUGAGCUUGCUACCCUUCCCUACCUCCAAGAUAUCAGCCAGCAGGAUGCUGAACUGCUGCAGUCACUAAUGGCAGAUGCCACGGACACCCUCGAAGGAAGGAAAAGCGAUAAAGAGCGUGUCUGGAAUAAAAUUCAAAAGGUUGGAAUAAUAGAAGAUUUUUUAUACCAAUUAGAAGAUAGUUUCUUAAAGACCAAGAAACUCAGAACAGCGAGGCGGCAAAAAAUGAAAAUGAAGCGGCUCCAAAGUGAACAUCCAUGUUAGGCCAACUGGGGGGAAAGGCCCCCAUCCUGCACCAGAGAUGGCAAGAGGGUCAUUAAUAUUGCAGGAAUUUGACAGCUGGGACAACAAAGGCUGGCCUUCGAAUUAAUGAGGUAUCCCUUCCAUAUGGCUCCUCUUUAGUAAUAAGCUUCUGCACUUCAUUAGCCUCAUCUGACAGGAAUAAAUG